AUGACCACCGGACAUUCCUCCACUAUCAUCACCUUCCUCGACGUGCUCAUGGAAGCUCCCUACGGCCACCGCAGCGAUCCAUACCUCGCGAUUCUGUACUUCUGUUACUUCCAAUUCGACUAUUCAACUCGCUGUUUGUCCGAUUGCCCGUUGCGCCAGACCUUCGCUCACAGCACCGUUCUGCUUGACAACUCGCUCUCUCACUCAACACUUUCGUCGACAUUUCGUCGUUCCCCUCUCUUUCUCCUUCCCAAAAUGAUCCCGGCCACAAGAUCUUUCGCCGCCAAAGGCGCACCAAAAGCAGCGUCGGCCGUUCGUUGCAAAUCCACUGUCGCCCCGGGGACCUCGUUUUCCAUGAUCGACGCAAAGUCGAGAGUGAGAGAGCAUGCCCGCAAUAUAAGCCGUACAACCGUCGCAAAGGCAGAACCAGCACCCACCGCCCGACCGACACCCGCGCCAGGCUUCCAGCAGAUUCCAACACCGAGCAACACAAGACUGCCCCCGACGCACAUUGAAGGCCCAGGACCGGCACCCAAUGCCGCUCUCGACCACUCUUUCAUUGGCCUUUCAGGUGGCCAAAUCUUCCACGAGAUGAUGCUGCGCCAUGGGGUCAAGCACAUCUUCGGAUACCCCGGCGGUGCCAUUCUCCCUGUCUUCGACGCCAUCUACCAGUCGCCGCAUUUCGAGUUUGUCCUACCUCGCCACGAGCAGGGAGCCGGACACAUGGCUGAAGGAUACGCUCGUGUAUCUGGUCUCCCCGGAGUCGUUCUCGUCACCUCCGGCCCUGGAGCAACCAACGUCAUUACACCCAUGCAGGACGCCCUCUCGGACGGUAUCCCCCUGGUCGUCUUCUCCGGCCAGGUAGCCACCUCCGCCAUCGGCUCCGACGCCUUCCAAGAGGCGGACAUCGUCGGCAUUUCGAGAAGCUGCACAAAGUGGAACGUGAUGGUGAAGACGAUUGAGGAGCUUCCGCGGCGGAUAAAUGAAGCGUUCAAGAUCGCCACGUCGGGCCGACCUGGGCCUGUGCUCGUCGACCUACCCAAGGACAUUACAGCCGGUAUUCUGCGUUCGCCUCUGCCCUACAAGGCCACGACACCCGGCAUCCACCUCGGGCUGCCCAUGAACCCACUGCAGAUGGCGGAGCUGCCGACGGACGCCGCGCUCGUGAAGCAGGCGGCUCACAUGAUCAACGGGGCGGAGAGGCCCGUGAUCUACGCGGGCAACGGGGUCCUCUCGUCGCCCAUGGGCCCUAAGCUGUUGGCCCUACUGGCAGAGAAGGGCAACAUCCCCGUGUGCACGACCCUCCAGGGUCUGGGAGCGUUCGACGAGACGAACGAGAAGAGCCUGCACAUGCUGGGGAUGCACGGGAGCGCGUACGCGAACCUGGCGAUGCAGCAGGCGGACGUGAUCAUCGCGCUCGGUGCGCGGUUCGACGAUCGCGUGACGGGCAAGGUCGACACCUUCGCCCCCGCGGCGAGGCUCGCGGCUGCGCAAGGCCGCGGUGGGAUCAUCCACUUCGAGAUCCUGCCCAAGAACAUCAACAAGGUCGUCGAGGCGCAAAUCCCUGUCGUCGGCGACGUCAUUGCGAACCUCGCUGCGCUGGUGCCAGAGAUCAGGGCGAAGCCGAGAGAGGGGUGGUUCAGGGAUAUCAAGCAGUGGAAAGAGAAGUACCCGUUCACUUUUGCAAAGAGCGAGCCGGGGGCGAGGAUGAAGCCGCAGGAAGUUAUCGAGGCGCUGGAUAGUCAAACGAGGGAGAGGAAGGACGAAGUUAUUGUCGCGACGGGUGUUGGCCAGCACCAGAUGUGGGCCGCGCAGCACUUUAGGUGGAAGCAUCCGCGGUCGAUGGUCACAUCAGGUGGUCUAGGGACGAUGGGCUUCGGCCUCCCAGCUGCCAUCGGCGCCAAAGUCGCCGCACCGCAAAAAACCGUCGUCGACAUCGACGGCGACGCCUCCUUCAGCAUGACCGCGAUGGAGCUCGCCACCGCCUCGCAGUACUCCAUCGGCGUCAAGAUCCUCGUCUUGAACAAUGAGUUCCAGGGCAUGGUCCAGCAGUGGCAGGACCUCUUCUACGACAACCGCUACUCGCACACGCGCAUGGUCAACCCGGACUUCGUGCUCCUGGCGCGGUCGAUGGGUGUGCAUGCGAUCCGGUGCGAGCGGAUGGAGGAUCUGGACGCGAAGAUGAGGGAGUUCUUGGAGUAUGAUGGGAGUCGGCCGGUGUUGAUGGAGUGUUUGGUGGAGAAGAACGAGCAUGUGUUCCCCAUGGUCCCUGCUGGCAAGGCGCUGCAUGAGCAGUUGCUACACCCCGACCUGAGAGAAACCGCCAAGAAGUCAAACUGA